GUUCCUCGCCUCCCGUGCGGGAACAUGGCUGAGUAGGGAACAGGCGAGCCGCGUGCGCGCGCGCCCACGGACGGACGGACGGACUGGCGACGGAAAGUGGCGGAGGAGCCGGAGCGCGGGGAAGGGACGGAGAACUGCACACCGGAGCAGACAGACACAUCGUUUCAGACUGCAGUGCAAGGAAGGAGACGGACACAACACGGACAUUUUUGAACAGCGCCAGAGAUCUGCGGGUCCAGUGGCUGGACCACUCGGAACAGUAAAGGGGAAAUAGCCACCCGCAGCAGAGCAACAGGACACAGUACAACCACUUCCACCCAUCCCUCAAACCACACUAGUUUGUUAAAGAGGCACAAGCAGAGCCCUGUUUUGGUGAAGUACUGCCCCGCACGUCUCGGGCUGCUUGAAGGAGCAUGUUGCCAACACUGUCACUGUGCUCCAUUGUUUGGUUGAACCGGGGCAUCAAGCUAAGGAAAGUGCUUUAUUCUGCAAACACAGGCCAGUUCUGAACCAGCACAAUUUCAAAUCUGUGUCUACAUUGACCAGUUACUCAGUUUUUGACAGUACGUUCAUUAAGCAUAAAAUUAACUUCCAUAUUUACACCUCUGUUUGCAAACUUACCUUACUUUGCAUUCCCACAACCCCUAGUUAGUAUCUUAUUUUGCUCGUUUAUUUAAAAGAAAUUAUCAUUGUAAAAAUCUAAAAAUGGCUGUCGAGGGCUUCCAGUACCGUGCGCUAUAUGUCUACAACAAGGACUGGGAGGAGGAUAUUGACCUUCUACCAGGGGACAUCCUGACCGUUGACAAGGCAUCACUGCUGUCUCUUGGCUUUAAAGAGGGUGAUGAGGAACACCCCGAGCAAGUGGGUUGGAUUGUGGGCAUCAAUGAACGCACCAAGCAAAGAGGGGACUUUCCAGGAACAUAUGUGCAGUAUGUUGGACCUGUCAAAAUGUCACUGCCGUCCACUCAACCCCGUUUCCAGAGGCCUCUUCCGGCUGCCCCCAGGCCUAAACCUCCACUUGCUCAACAAGCUGUUUUGAUCCUAGAACUGAAAGAUCAGUUUUCACCUCCAGAAAAUGCCCCACCAUUUCUGAUAAAGCUUGUGGAAGCCAUUGAGAAAAGAGGUCUGGACUGCGAGACACUCUAUAGGACACCGGGGUCUUUGGCUGCAGGCUGUCGCGGACAAACCUGGAAUCUUGUAGAACUGUCUGGAGCAGAGAUUGGACUUUGUGACAUACAUGAGCUCUCAGCAGCCUUGAUGAGAUACCUGCAGGAACUGCCCUCCCCCGUUAUCCCCCCAGCGGUGUACCCAGACCUGCAGAAUGCCUUUCAACAAAGAGAAGCAGCCUCUACAGCUGAACUUCCCGGCAGUCUGAUAAAGGCAUUGGAGUCACCUGCUGUGCCUGUGCAGAAUCUGCUGACUCUUCAGUACCUCCUGAGACACCUGGGUGUGGUGUGCCAGCACUCUGACAAGAAUGGCCUGGACAUCCCAACUCUUGGCCACAUCUUUGGCCCGCUUGUCCUCCCACACAACAGUGCUGGUUUGGAAAUGGACCCAGAACUUCCUGCUCUAGUACUGGUGAGACUUCUGGUUGAGAAAAGCUGGGAACAAGAGCAGACACCCCCAGCUCUUCCACCGAAGCCAGCCAAGACCAUUAUGUCCUCAGUCACCAAUGGGAGUAGCCUUCUUAGUGACGCUGAGUGGUACUGGGGUGACAUCUCAAGGGAGGAGGUGAAUGAGAAAAUGAGAGACACCCCAGAUGGCACAUUCUUGGUCAGAGAUGCUUCUAGCAAAGUCCAAGGAGAGUACACUCUAACCCUCAGGAAAGGAGGAAAUAACAAACUGAUCAAGAUAUUCCACAGGGGGGGCAAGUAUGGUUUCUCUGAGCCCCUGACCUUCUUGUCUGUGGUGGAGCUCAUCAAUCACUACCGCCAUGAGUCCUUGGCACAAUACAAUGCCAAGCUUGACACAAGACUUCUCUAUCCAGUGUCUAAAUACCAACAGGACCAAGUGGUGAAGGAGGACAGCAUUGAAGCAGUAGGUGAGCAACUGAAGGUGUACCAUGAGCAGUACCAGGAGAAGAGUCGGGAGUAUGACAUCCUUUAUGAAGAGUACACUCGCACUUCCCAGGAGCUUCAGAUGAAACGCACUGCCAUUGAGGCAUUUAAUGAGACGAUCAAGAUCUUUGAGGAGCAGUGUGAGACACAGGAACGCUACAGCAAGGAGUAUAUUGAGAAAUUCCACAGAGAGGGCAAUGACAAGGAAAUCCAAAGGAUCCAAAGCAAUUCUGAAAAGCUAAAGUCCAGAGUGGCUGAGAUCCAUGACAGCAAGAUGAAGCUAGAGCAGGACUUGAAGAAACAGGCAUCUGAUAACCGUGAGAUUGACAAAAGGAUGAACAGCCUGAAACCUGACCUUAUGCAAUUAAGGAAGAUCAGAGACCAAUACCUAGUUUGGCUUACACAAAAGGGCACUAGACAGAGAAGGAUCAAUGAAUGGUUGGGAAUCAAGAAUGAUACAGAAGACUUGUAUUCAACGAUGGACGAUGAGGAAGACCUCCCACAUCAAGACGAGCACACCUGGUACGUGGGGGACAUCAAACGUGCCCAGGCUGAGGAGAUGCUCAGGGACAAGUGCAAUGGCACCUUCCUCAUUCGCGAAAGCCAAACACAGAAGGGCUCCUUUGCUUGCUCCGUAGUUGUGGAUGGGGACGUCAAGCACUGUGUGAUUCUUAAGACUGGCACCGGAUAUGGAUUCGCCGAGCCAUACAACCUUUACAGUUCCCUGAAAGAGCUGGUUCUCCAUUACAAGCACACGUCCCUGGUUCAACACAACGAUUCGCUGAAUGUAACCCUCGCGUGUCCUGUCUUCACUCAGCAACCCAGAUGAAAUCCACGAAGCAGGAAAAUGAUGUCCCUUUUGAUUUUCAAGGUUAACCUUUUCUGCUCAGUCAGAUGCCCCACAAUCAUAUUAUAAGGACUCUUCUGAAAAAUAAGCAUAUAAUACAAACCUUCGUGGAGUUCUGUAAUGUGAGCAUUAAACCGAUAAGACAUCUGUCAGCAUUCGGGGUUCUAACCUUGUAGAGCUCCUUCAUUUAAAAUGUUGUUUAAAAGUUUUAGAUUACUAUAAAUUAUUUUCUUAGACCAGUUAAAGUAUCCUGCCUGAGUUAAGUAGAUCCACAAAGUAGGAAAAAAGAACUGAGUGACUACAGACUUGUACAGAUAUCUUCUGUUGUGGGAAAGCUGCUGUAGAGUUUUUCAUCCUUUGUGGUGGGGAGGAGAACUUUUUUUGAGAUGGUUGCUACAAAGGGAAAGAAGAAAGGUGGCCUCUUCAGUUUUAAGGUUUGAGUGACCAGAGUCUUGGAGCAACUAGUACCUGUGGUCUGAUCUUGUAGGAGACAAACAUACAGGCAGACCCUGCAGCCUUGUUUUAGUCAUUUCCACUUUCUCUUUUGUUUUCUGUUUUAUGCCACUAAUCUUUGAACAUUGGAUGAAUAAAUUGUUCUCAGUCUUUCCGACAUUUACCUUCUUCAUAUUUAUGUACCAGUUCUCCCAGAAAACAGUGGUCUAACAGUGGACAGUACAGAAAAGUCAUUAUUUUUGACUGUCAGCCUAAAUGCAGGCAGUGUCACUGAAAGACGUUGUUCCUUUUUGCAGAAAUCCUUUACUAAUGCCCUUGUGCUUUUUCCAUUCUUCUUUCUGACACAAGCUGAUAUAAAGCUGUAGCGCAUUUUAAUGUAAGAAGUACAUCAUGCAACAACUGGAGCACAGUAUGCAGCCAUUUUGUCACUUUGGCUGAUUGCUCAACAGACUUAGCCUGUAAGUGUUUUUUCUUUUUUUUUUCUUUUUCCUUUUUCCCUCCUUUGGAGCAAUAUGCUGGAGGACACUUGAUAUCAAGUUUAAAAUAAGCCAAAUGAAGGAUGUAUUUCAUGUAGCAAAAAAAAAAAAUUCUUUAUCAUAAGCUUGAACAUGAGAGCUAUGCUUGAACAUGAGGCAAGAGAGGUUUUUCUUUAUAAAAGACUGCAUGGAAAUUUUCCUUCAGAGAUGUUAUGUAAGCACUUGUUUCUAGUAAUGUUAAAUUAUAGAUUUGUAGGGUAUGGACAAAUAGUGCAGGAUUUCUGUUUAUUGACAAAGAGGAGAGACCCUGACCUUCAGAUAAUGCUAAGGUUGUAUCUCUUUCUGUCAUGAGGUUACAUUUUUUCUAUAUAUGUCUCACCUACAAACAUCAGCACCAUAAUUUGAAUUACAAAACACAAAGGACACACAGUAUAUUGAAUUGAUCCAGGCACUUUAAAUUGGAUCUUCAUAUUUAAGCAGUUUACUGCCUUGUAGCUGAGCCUUGGGCAGCCAGGUGAACAAUGGAUGAAUGUCUGGGCUGCAUGUAGCUUACAUAAGUGAGUUGUAGUCACAGAGCUGCAGAAGGCAGUUUAAAAUAAAUUAGAGUUUUGAAAAUACCUUCAGAUAUUUAGAGCCAAGUGGCUUCUUGAAAUCCUGUAUAUAUUAUGUUAAAACCAGUUGCAGGUAUUAAUGAUGCAAAUGAUGAGGCAGUUUAAGGUGCUUUUGUGUUGUGGACACAUUUGCUGCAGUUUUUACUAUUGAGAGUGAAGUGCAUUUAGGGAAUGGUCUGUGGAGGCCACACCCAGAGAUGUCAGAAGUGCCUUCUGCCCUUUUGCUGAUACUUUUUUUGAUUGCUGGCAUUUGUUUGCUUUUUUUUGUUUCUGUAAAGCGGUGCCACUAUGAAUAUGCCCCAAAUAAUCAAAUCCAAGUAUUGAUUUAUUUCCUGAAAACUAUCCUCCUUGCUAACUAUUUUAUUUUGUGUUGAAGAAAGGGAGGUUUGUUUUGGUCUGAAGUCAUUUUAGACUUUUGAAAAAGAUGGUUGUUAAUGGAAAAUUAAAAAGCAAGGACUUUUUUAAAGUAAGAAAACAAAAGAACGACCCAAAUUUACAGUAUAACCUUUCUUGUUUUGUUUUAAUGGUGUGUUCACUCUAUCUGUUCACUGAAUGGAAUUUCCCUGUAUCAGGUGUUCCACCUCUUGUACUGCAGCAUACUGCAACCAGGCAGACCUAACAUGAGGCAUAUUGUAGGUGUACUCAGCUUUUUUUAUAGGCCUUAAUGCCAAUGUCAUUAUAUAUAUCACCACGACUACAACCACUAAUUUAAUUGUUCUAAUGCCAGCUAUAUUGGUGGUUGUCUAACAUUUCAGAUGUUUAUUCUGACUAUUCACUCAGUGUAAAACAGGUGAGCAAGUAGUAUGUGGGAAGAACAUUAGGAACAUGAUGACUUUAGCAUAUAUUAAGGGUUUAGCAUAUCUUUAGGGUGAUAUCCAGCUAAAAAACAUAACCAUUGAUGAGCAAAAGUCAAAAUUGUAUGCGUAACUAAAAUAGAGUAGCUGAAGUAAAAAUAGAAUUAUGAAAUAAACGUGGAUAAGUGUAAGUUGUACUCCCGUAUUAAUUGGUUAAGUAUUAAAAUAUUUAAUGGAUGUAGGACUUCAAGUAAGUGUCAGAUAAGUGUUUCUGCACACAACCAUUUCACAAUGUUGAGAAGUUUCAGGUCUUCAAAGUAUUUGGGCAAGAGCUGAAUGAUGUUUUGGUGCUAAAGGUGUACAGUGUACAUGCUGAAAUUAUUACAUUUUUCUUGGUGCAUUAGAUGUUCUUGGAAUUGUUUUAAAUUGUCCAGCCCAGUGAGCAAAACAAGUUGCAUCUCUCAGUUAAAGGCAGAGUGGCUUCAAGUCCUUUGCUCUGGAGCAGUCCUACUCCUUGGAGCGUAUUAUCGCGCUCAAAGUAUGUUUUGCUUGUUUGCAGAUGGGUGGGCCGCACUGGGAUAGGUGACUUACAGCGAUACUUGUUUAGGCUGAUGCGAACUGGUGAGAAACUGGUUUGGUUUCUUGGCUUCUUGGCAUGUGCAAUGAUAGAAAAAUGCAACAGAUCCGUAAACAAGUACAUUUUAUUUCACUUGAAAUGCUUUGCAUGCAAUGUGCAAAAUAAUUGGAAAUCAUAAAAGUAUGCCAAGAUGACCGCAGCUGGUCUUGUAAUGAGCCAGGUGAAGAGAGUGACAGGUAACAUCUUCACGUGUUCUGUCUGUGCCUGCGUCUGUAGAAUGAGAGAAAUUAUUCAAAGAAGCUGUGGAAGUCUUAUCCUUUCAGUUUAGAAAGCUAAAUGGGAGGAUGACUGACCGUGAAAAAAAGAGAACCCAGCUGUUGUGUCCCUUGGCAGAUGUCAUAGGUUUAGCUCAGCAGCUGGUGAGACUGAAUGGGAUAAAUGGGACAGAUGAACAUGAAAGGAGCACGUAGAGCUGAAUGCACUACAAAGACAUGAUAGAAACAUCUAGUGAGCUGCAGGCUGGGAUGGCACCCUGACGCACUGCAGGAUUUUUUUUUUUUUCUUUAUUUUGCUCUUUGUUUGCUUUAUGAUUUCUUGCUUGUUUUUGCUGUUCAUUGACUCAUAAGGGUACUGACUUUAAAGGAAGCUGUGAGUCAGGAACACUCCUAGUCAAAUCAGUUAUAUGUAUGAAAGAUGCCAGACUUAAAAAGGUGCCUGAUAGGGUUUGUCCGAAAUCAGCUUUUUAAAAAAGCUGUUAAAUGUCUGUAUCUGUACAUUUGUUUGUUCAUUAUAACCUGACAGAUUCUAUUAA